AUGAAGGCCACUUUUGCUCGAGCGCAGAAAAUUCGCGGGAACCUCGCAGCCGUGGGCCAGCCAAAGGUGCCAGUGCCGAUACCUAUAGGACCAAGCGACAAGCGGAGCUUUAUUUGGGUCGCUUCGCGUGAUGCUGAGAUCUAUCCUUUGGUGCUCUGUGUGGGUCUUGGCGUAUCGGUUGCCAUCUUUAGCGGUGUUCGCCACCUGACAUCCGAUCCCGACGUCAAUUUCAGCCGUGAACGACGUGAGACGCCAGCGUGGGAGCGCUACGAGCCUGAAGAAGGGAAGGCGUUUUCGCGGAACCACCACAACUUCGCCAAUCUCCAGCCGAAUCCGAUCAACACGUUCACUGAGUCAGCUACACACUAUGAUGGGACUGAUGAGGCCGUGCCGGAACAUCGAUAG